AUUGGAGAGGCAUGAGAUGUCUCCUAGCUCUUGAGGAGAGCUGCCAGAGACAGCUGCAUGUAUACAUUGUGCAAGCAAUUGCUCUACAGUCCUGUGGAGAUGUUGAAGACGGUCCACACAGUCUCUCUCAGCGAGGUCCGGCAACUGGCGACGAACUGCAGAAGGCCAAGACUGUGAUAAUGCCAGUAAAUGUAGGAAACAGUACCACUGGACACUUUGGGGCAUUUCUACGUGGAAAGUCGCUUAGAAAGGGGACGUGGUGCGUGGAGGAUGUGGGGAGGCAGACACAGAAGGAUACAUCAUCAUGUGGGGUGUUUAUUUGCAAGGGAGUAAACCGUGUACAGUGUUGACAACCGUGAUGCUAAUGCGGACGACGAUGACUUGGCUGCCGGACUCGCGAGCGACGACAAGAAACCAUUAGAGAAGAACACGACCUCGCACAUUGCUAUCGGACAAACGGGGAGGCACAGAGUGUGAUGAAAUCAAGCAGUAAGUCUGCGACACAGCCCACGGCUGCCAAGACAAAAACUACAAGUGCGGUCACAUGGUUCGCACAGUCUUGGAAAAGUCCUUGAA